GUCUUCGCUUUCACAUCCAACCGAAACCAAAAGGGCGCUUUUUCUCUAGUCACUUGCAGCUCCGAGGCAUCCCCUCUAGCCCUCUCUCUCUCUCUCUCUCCCCCCAUUCCCAAGAAUCCAUCCAUCCCGGCAAUCGCGGGCAGCUGCGGCACGGGAGCGCCGAGCGGCAGAUCGAGUCGCCGCCCGUCUCUCCUCCGUUGGCCCAGGUCAACACGCGAGCGGCUGUUGCUUCGAUUUAGAGCGAGGAGACCUCGUCGUUUUCCACCGGCGGUUGUUGGUGGUGCGGUUCUUGGUUCCGGCGCGCUGCCGUGCUGAGAUCGGCGCGGUGUCCCUGGAGUUCCUUGUGCGGCUGGGGGAGUAGCUACAAGAGCUGCCUCCGUUUUCUUGCAUUCCCUGCUGCUGUUGCGGUGGGAUUCUUCCUCUUACCUGCCGUGCUCGAGCUUGCCGCGUCGUCUUGCUUUGGUCAAGACAAGGCGUGCGGCGGCAGAGUUGAGCGGGCAAAGAAAAGAGAGAAGCUUAAGCUGAGGUAUCUUGCUGAAGUCAAGUAGAAGUGCAGCUCUCCGGUAACACCUUUUGCUGUUAGCAGAUGGAUGCAUGUGAUUGUAUCGAACCACUUUGGCAGGCCGAUGAUCUCCUUGUGAAGUAUCAGUACAUAUCUGACUUUUUUAUCGCACUUGCAUACUUCUCGAUCCCUUUGGAGCUCAUAUACUUUGUCAAGAAGUCAUCAUUCUUCCCUUACCGAUGGGUGCUCAUACAGUUUGGCGCCUUCAUUGUGCUUUGUGGGGCAACUCACCUGAUAAACUUGUGGACUUUCGCCACUUAUAGCAAGACUAUAGCGGUGGUAAUGACAGUGGCGAAAGCUGCGACAGCAGUGGUUUCAUGCAUAACGGCAUUGAUGCUUGUGCACAUAAUUCCUGAUCUGUUGAGUGUGAAGUUGCGAGAGAGGUAUCUGAAGGAUAAGGCUGAAGAGCUUGACAAAGAGAUGGGGAUUAUAAGAACACAGGAGGAGACAGGCAGACAUGUCCACAUGCUCACACAUGAGAUAAGGAGCACCCUUGACAGGCACACUAUUUUGAGAACUACGCUUGUUGAGUUGGGAAGGACUCUUGGGUUAGCUGAAUGUGCCCUGUGGAUGCCAUCCCGCUCUGGAACAGCCCUUCACCUGUCCCAUACAAUCCAUAACAGCGCUCCUAUUGGCUUAGUUGUUCCUAUCAAUCUUCCAGUUGUUUCAAAGGUUUUUAAUAGUAAUCGUGCAGAAAGCAUUCCACAUACUUCCCCAUUGGCUUCAAUAAAGGCAGACACAAGCAGGUAUGUGCCACCAGAGGUCGUAGCUGUCCGAGUUCCACUGCUGCACCUUACAAAUUUCGAAAUAAAUGAUUGGCCUGAGCUAUCUGCAAAAAGCUUCGCAGUAAUGGUUUUGAUGCUGCCUCCAGACAGUGCAAGAAAAUGGCGUACCCAUGAACUGGAGCUUGUUGAAGUUGUUGCUGAUCAGGUGGCAGUUGCACUGUCUCAUGCUGCCAUUUUGGAAGAGUCCAUGAGGGCCCGUGAUCUACUAAUGGAGCAGAAUAUUGCCCUAGAUGCAGCACGUCGAGAGGCGGAAAUGGCUAUAUGUGCUCGUAAUGAUUUUCUUGCUGUGAUGAACCAUGAAAUGCGUACUCCUAUGAAAGCCAUUGUUUCUUUAUCCUCCCUCCUUCUGGAAACAACUCUUACGGCUGAACAACGCCUGAUGAUUGAGACUAUACUAAAGAGUAGCGAUUUUCUUGUAACUUUGACCAACGAUGUUUUGGAUAUUUCCAAGCUUGGGAAUGGGAGUCUUGAGCUGGAUAUUGCACCUUUCAACCUGCAUGCUGCCUUUACAGAUGUGGUUAAUUUGAUUAAGCCAGUGGCUGCAUGCAAAAGGCUCUCGGUAAUGGUUUCCUUGGCUCCAGAGUUGCCUUCCUGUGCAAUUGGUGAUCGCAAGCGAUUGAUGCAGAUAAUGCUAAAUGUUGCUGGCAACUCCAUUAAGUUCACAAAGGAGGGUCACAUUUCAAUUGCAGCUUCCAUAGCCAGGCCAGAUUCACUGAGGGACCCGUAUGCUUCUAACUUACAUCCAGUUCCCUCUGAUGGGUCUUUCUACUUGGUUGUUCAGGUAAAAGACACCGGCUGUGGAAUUGGACCAGAGGAUAUGGCUCACACCUUCAGAAAAUUCGCACACGGUGAGAAUGCAACAACGAAAUUGCACAACGGCAACGGCUUGGGUCUGGCCCUCUCCAGAAGAUUUGUUGGCCUGAUGCAAGGGGACAUCUGGCUCGAAAGUGAAGGUGUAGGGAAGGGAUGUACCGCCACGUUCUUUGUGAAACUCGGCACGCCCAAGAAGAAACCAAACGCAAACGCAAAUCCCCGGAGAAUGAUGGCGCCUCUGCAACCAAGCAACGGAGCUGGAGGCCACGGCGCUGAUGCUCUCAGUAUAUCGAUAAUGGACGGCGAUGCGCGGGCUCCUAGGGCCCGCUACCAGUCAAUUGCGUGAGAGGCAGACGACGCGGGCAAGCUCGACUGGCGGGAGGCGGGUCGCAGGCCCGGUUUUGUGACCGAAAUUGGUACGCUCCAUUCGAAGGGUGGGUGUUUGGCUGCUGUAGGGAUAGUUUUCCUACUGAGUUGAGUUGUGAUGGUGACUAGGUCAGUCUGAGAUGGUGACUUGCCCUUAUUGGCGGCAUGGUGGAGGAGAGCAGUGUUGUGUUGUACAUGAGGGUCUUGUUAGGGAGGCAAAAGCUGAUACUACAUACAGACAUUAGGCACUGCGGCGAGAUCCUGUGAAGAGUCAGUGAGCUGCAGGUGUAAUUCAUGAACAUGAACUUGAAAGCAUUCAUCGGAUGAA